GUGAUUUCGUUGUCUGUGAUUCAAGCCUCCAUCUCGGAUCAUCAUCUCCUUUCCACCCAACCUUCUAACUCGACAUUGCUACACCAGUGCGGUAGGAACUAAUCUCGUCAUGGCUCCCGCAGCAGCGUCCGCGAUGAGCGCGGAUGCGAUACUCGAUUACAUGGUCAAAUCGCUCCCAACUCCAUCCGCAGACGAUGAGCAGACCCAACUCGUCAAAGAUCCGUAUGCUGCGAUCGCUCUCUUCUCCCAUGCCUGCAUGCUUGCAGUAGGUUUCCGUCUGAUAGGUUUGGGAGAAGAUCACAAGAUAGAGGCGCAAUCGGAUCCUCAAGAUGUACAACCGUUACCUGCCGAGUGGAGUGCCUCCUCUUCCUAUGCCUUUCGCUAUGCACAUUCUCAGUCAUCAAUGGAGUUCCUUGUCAAAUUGAAUCGAUUAGGCGGAAAAGUCCUCGUGUUUGGUGUUGGUCUUGGGGAUGACAAGACAGCAUCCUUCGAGGUCAAAGCACAAGAUUACAUUUCAGAAGGUUCUAUCAAAGAAGCGACACGAGACUCAGACAAGACCUCUACGCUUCGAAACGUGUUCAUCUCGAAUGGACGUAUCACAGACUUGGCCUCACUAUUCAAACUCAACAUUAUCCAGAAAUUGGCACCUGGCAUUUCAAAAGCAGGGAAUGAGGACACUGCAUUCACACAGGAAGAGCCUAGACGGCACGAAGAAACGAGACCUCCGGAACGUGAUCCUCUGCGAGACGAUCACCCUCCGCCAGCACGACCUUACCCUUUCGACGACCCGCUAGCCGCAGCCCCACGAAGACCUCAGCCGCCAGGAGACUUCCCGCCUCCAGGUUUCGAAGACGAAUAUGAGAUCAACAGACCUCCGCGAGGCUGGCCCUCCGCUCCUGACCAUCCGCCAUUCGGCGCCAUUGGUGAACGAGAUCUGUAUCCUCCUGGACUAGGUCCGCACGAUCCGCUCAGAAUGGGACCUGGUGGAGGCAUUCGAGGAGGAGGCGGUAUGCAUCCGACCUUUGACGAUCCACUGUUCGGAGGGCAAGGAAGGCAACAGCCGUAUGAUCCCAGGGCACCACCAGGCGCCAGGUACGACCCUGUCGGACCUGGGGACGGUCCGCCGGACCUUCGAGGUGGUCGCUUCCCGGGUGGACGUGGAGGAGGUUUUGGAGGCAACCCAUUCGGCGGCUUUGGGAGCGGAGAUUUCAUUUGAAGGCUAAAUGAUGAUGAAGUAUGAGUUACGGCUGGUUGAAAUGCUAAUGACGAAGGAGGUGCAGGUUCAUACAGCACUUGAAAAGCCAGAUCGUGCAUGAUUCCCCGAUGUAGAGCUACUACUACGCUUACAACUCAUGCAUCUGUGCCCUGAGCAAUGAAUGUUCUAGAUUCCCA